UGUCAGAUGAUUUAGGUCAUGUGGUGUAGCACGAUUAAACGUUCUCUAAACAGACUCUGUGUGUGGUGAAGUCAAGUAUAAUUCAUUCGAAUCUCUAAGCGAAUUCAUCUUUUUUGGAGACUUUUUCUUCAAACAUGCAGAACGUCAUAAACUCGGUGAAAGGAACAGCUUUGGGAGUGGCAGAGUUUUUAACGCCAGUUUUGAAGGAAUCUAAAUUUAAAGAAACUGGGGUAAUAACUCCAGAGGAGUUUGUUGCAGCAGGAGAUCAUCUGGUUCAUCACUGCCCCACAUGGAAAUGGGCUUCUGGAGAAGAAGUAAAGGUGAAGCCCUAUCUGCCCAAAGACAAGCAGUUUCUAUUAACCCGAAAUGUUCCAUGUUACAAGCGCUGUAAACAGAUGGAAUACUCUGAUGAGCUGGAGGCCAUUAUAGAAGAGGAUGAUGGAGACGGGGGAUGGGUGGAUACCUAUCAUAACUCUGGUGUUACAGGGGUGAUGGAUGCAGUUCGGGAAAUUUCAUUGGAUAAUAAGGACAAUAUGAAUAUGAACGUGCAGAAAGGUGCAUCUGGAAAUGGUGAAGAUGAUGAUGAUGAUGAUGAGGAAGGAGAGCCAGCAGACAUGGAAGAAUAUGAAGAAAGUGGACUUUUGGAGACAGAUGAUGCCACUCUUGACACAAGUAAAAUGGCUGACUUAAGUAAAUCCAAAGCAGAGGCUGGUGGGGAAGAUGCCAUUCUACAGACAAGAACUUACGAUCUUUACAUCACAUAUGACAAAUAUUACCAGACACCAAGACUAUGGCUUUUUGGAUAUGAUGAGGACAGACAGCCUCUAUCGGUGGAUCAGAUGUAUGAAGACAUCAGCCAGGAUCACGUUAAAAAAACAGUCACCAUUGAGAAUCACCCUCACCUUCCCCCACCUGCCAUGUGCUCUGUGCAUCCGUGCAGACAUGCAGAGGUGAUGAAAAAGAUUAUCGAGACUGUGGCGGAAGGAGGAGGAGAACUCGGGGUCCAUAUGUAUCUUCUGAUUUUCCUGAAAUUUGUGCAAGCCGUCAUUCCUACAAUAGAAUAUGAUUACACAAGGCAUUUCACCAUGUAACUUAUCGUUCACCAUAAUGCCCACAACUAUGACAACAUGUAUUGUUACAAUGUUACUGCGUGAAGGAAGCAGCAUCAUUAUGAAACUCAGAGACACUGUCCUGGAAAGAUGCUGGGAAUGUUCUAUGAAAUGCCUGGAAGGGGAUCUGCUGAGUCUGAUGGUUAGCAACACACAUUUAAAUCCAGUUUUCCCUACUGUUCUACAGCUUAAUCUCUGUAUUAGCCACUUGCUCUUAAUGCUGUCCUAAAACUAAACAUGUUUUAUUUUAUAUUUACAUUUCCAAAAAAAAAAAAAAAAAAAAA